ACCUGGUGCUUUGCUGCGUUAAAAGUUUCAAGAAGUCGCUUGAAACAGGAAGUUGUUGCAUAAACCUAACAACACGAACACAUUAGUUAACUGGUAUUUGAUAUCAAUGCCACGUUUUUAGAUGUUAUUUCAUUCAUAUACGGUAAUAGUUUUAAUGUAAAUAUACAGGAAACAGGAAAAUAAGGGAUUUUAGGAAUAAUAAAUAAACAAGAAAAUUAAAUAAAACAAAGGAAAACUAAUGGCUGCAGACAGAGGGUGCUAAUCAUCUAAAAAGAUAGAUAACUUGCGCCCACUAGCCUGAGUAAGACUUUGCAAGGAGCUUUCUUGAAUGCUGGCUGUUGAGGAAGGCCUACUGCUGACGCCACGGCUCUCGAGUUAAAUAUUAACCCGAAGAAGGAGCUUCAUUUGAGCUAGAAGCAGUGGACUUUCCUCGCCGAUUUCGCGAUGAGCUCUCCCGUAUACGGACGCGCAAGGUCUCUCUUGGCCUGUAAUAUGGCUUUUAGGACCGCCGGGAACAAAAAUUGCAUUACAACCUGGUUGAAGCCAACUUUCGUCAGCAAACGACGGCUGAUCCUACCGUCCCAAAACACGAGUAUGCCUGCUAAAAAUUAUUGUCAGCGCCCUGCGCAGAAAGGACUUCUGUUCAGGCAGAUGUUUGAGCCAAUAAGCAGCACCUACACUUACCUGCUAGCCGACUGCGAGACCAGAGAGGCGGUUCUGAUCGACCCAGUUCUGGAAGAGGUGGAACGGGAUGCCAAGUUGGUGAAUGAACUCGGGCUCAGACUCCUCUAUGCAGCGAACACUCACUGCCAUGCAGACCACAUCACAGGCACCGGGCUCUUGAAGAAGGUGGUGCCAGGGUGCAGGAGCGUCAUUUCAAAGGACAGCGGGGCUAAAGCCGACAUCACUAUCCAAGAGGGCGAUUCCAUCAAAUUUGGCAGAUUCCAUCUGGAGGCUCGAGCCACCCCCGGACACACUGACGGCUGCAUGACCUUCGUCCUGAAUGAUCACAGCCUGGCCUUCACUGGAGACGCGCUGCUCAUCCGAGGCUGCGGACGAACUGAUUUCCAGCAAGGUUCUGCCACAAGACUGUACAAGUCUGUCCAUGAAAAAAUAUUCACCCUCCCUGAGUGGUGCAUUGUGUACCCUGCUCACGACUAUAGAGGAAUGACAGUGUCUACAGUGGACGAGGAAAGGAGGCUGAACCCUCGACUGACUAAAAGCUUGGAAGAGUUUGUCAGUAUUAUGAGCAACCUGAACCUACCCAAGCCUACACACAUAGACACAGCUGUUCCUGCCAAUAUGGUGUGUGGAAUCCAGGGUGACUGAGGACCAACCCAAACACUGGUUCUGACUGAACCGAGAAAGUUGUUUUGUUUUUUCAGCUUUAUUUUGAUGUAUGAGAUGAACAACUUGUCUUUUUUUUUUAAUGAUUUUUAUUAUUGUGUGUAUUGCAAUAUGCAAUUGAGACAGAGGAUAAAGCACAUGACAGGAAGUUAGACUGAUAAUGCAAUGGCAAUUUUGUGGCUUUCUAUGUACUUUGAUUAGACUUGCCUGUCAACUAUGACUUUCAGCACUUGAAAAUGUAUGUGUAUGUACGUAUAUGUGUGUAUAUAAUAUAUAUUUCAUGGAAAUAACUGGUAACUUACAGCACUCAUAACUCAUGGCUUUGUGUUAUUUUUGAGAUGAACAAAAACUACAGAAAUUGUUUGCGCUUUUGCCAAAAUCUGUGAAUCAAACAUCCACUGUUGAUAUAAAUAGUGACGCAUUUUUUGAAUAGAUUGGUACCAUGCAAACAGCUUUGAAGUGUAAUCAGACAAUAAAUCAAGUUUUUUUUUUUUUUUGUUGUUUUAAUAAUUUUUUUUUUAAUAUGUAUUUUUUUUAUACAUGUGUGUAAAUGGAAAAUACUUAAUAAAAUAGUUGGCUUGCACUGA